UCCAUUCAGCUCGGAGCUGCCCCGCGCCCCAGCCGCCCGCCCGGCCGGCCGCUCCGGCCCGCGGCGCAGAUGGCUGUGCGCGGCGCCAACACCUUGACGCCCUUCUCCAUCCAGGCGAUCCUCAACAAGAAAGAGGAGCGCGGCGGGCUGCCCGCGGCGGAGGGGCGCCCCGUACCCGGCGGUACAGCGGUGGCAGCGGCGCCCGCUGUCUGUUGCUGGCGGCUCUUUGGGGAGACAGACGCGGGCGCGCUGGGGGGCGCCGAGGACUCUCUACUGGCGUCGCCUCCUGGGACCAGAACGGCUGCGGGGCGGACCACGGAGAGCCCGGGAGGCUGGGAUUCGGACUCGGCGCUGAGCGAGGAGAACGAGGGCGGGCGGCGCUGCGCGGACCCGCCGGGGGCCAGCGGGGCCUGCCGUACAGGGGCGACCCUGGGCCUCGGCCAGCCGGUCUGUGAGCUUCCCGCAGCCAAGGACCUGGAGGAGGAAGCCGCGGGCCGGAGCGACAGUGAGAUGUCGGCCAGCGUCUCAGGCGACCGCAGCCCGAGGGUCGAGGACGACGGCGUUGGCACAGGAGGCGCACGCGUGCCCACGUUGUGCAGCGGCAGCGGCGGCGGGCCCGCGGGCGGCGCAGAGGAGGAGGAGGAGCCCGUGGCGCCCAAGCCGCGCAAGAAGCGCUCGCGCGCCGCCUUCUCCCACGCACAGGUCUUCGAGCUGGAGCGCCGCUUCAACCACCAGCGCUACCUGUCCGGGCCCGAGCGCGCAGACCUGGCCGCGUCGCUGAAGCUUACCGAGACGCAGGUGAAGAUCUGGUUCCAGAACCGUCGCUACAAGACCAAGCGCCGACAGAUGGCCGCCGACCUACUGGCCUCGGCGCCCGCCGCCAAGAAGGUGGCAGUGAAGGUGCUGGUGCGCGACGACCAGAGACAGUACCUGCCCGGAGAGGUGCUGCGGCCUCCCUCGCUGCUGCCACUGCAGCCCUCCUACUAUUACCCUUAUUACUGCCUCCCCGGCUGGGCACUCUCCACGUGUGCGGCCGCCGCGGGCACCCAGUGAGCCGGCCUGGGAUGAGGCAGCGAAUGAUCCCCG